AUGUACUCCAUCGGUAAAUCUAACUACGAUAACAUCCUCGGAUGGACUGCUCCUCGUGUCGCUGUUCAUUAUCAUACUCAGGGACCCACAAGCGUACCGUCGUCGUCUUCGUCUUCGUCUUCAGUGGUAGCUGAAGCAAAAGUAGUGACAAGGCCUCGAAUAGCCCUCAGUGCUAUCUGGGAUGCGUAUGAAAAAUGGAGCUGUUAUACUCGCGGAGUUCCUCUGUCAUUGGGUAACGAGGAGGAGGUUACCCAGUACUAUUGUCCUACACUCUCCGCCAUGCAGAUCUUCACCAUCAAACCCUUCGCUGGUGAUUCUUCUCCAAGGAGCUCGGAGAUGAGGUCUGAUGACUUGGGCUACUUAUAUUGCGAACAAAACGAGAUAUUGAAACCCUUUGACAGGCCUCCUCUUCACUACACGAUUUCUCAGCUAGCUAAGGAGUACAAGGGGCUGUCUACGCUCACGAGUUCGGAUCUUUCUCCGAAGAGCUGGAUCUCCGUUUGUUGGUAUCCUGUUUAUCCAAUUCCAUCAGCGGGAAUCAAGAAAGACUGGUCUGCCGCUUUCCUAACGUUCCAUUAUCUGAAGCCCAAUUUUCCAGAAACAGAUGGUGAAGCUGAGAAGGUGAAUGAACAAGGAGUGUCGCGUAGGAGAGAAGUUGUGCUUCGUCCAUUUGCAGCAGCGACUUACAAGGCCUAUGCUAAAGUGUGGACCAUGCCUGGGACAUCAGUUGAUGAGAGGUUAGAGUCGCAUGAAGCUGAUGCUACCUCGUAUUUGCAGGAUCGCCGUUUCUAUCACAACGAUUUAGGCUUCGUGAGGUACCAGAACUAUCAAUUUGCUGCCAAGCAACAACGGUGA